CGAAAAGCAACUCGGACUCUUUGACAAAUUGCGAAGAUCUGCCAGCAUGGGGAAGCAAAGGAGACCGCUGUCCGCCACCACCACGAAAGCGAAAGAAUCCCUGCUGACUCCGAGUCGUAAGUGCAUCGCUCGUCAGCUCGAUUCUCUCAGCCGGCGGCUGGAGCUUUAUGCGGAUCAUGGCGCUGACGUCGUGAUGCCCCUGCUUCGCGAACUCACAACCCUCUUGCACUUCGAAGGGCUCGGGGGAGGGCGCUGCCGAAGGGUGAGGAGUCGGCUGGCGAAACGCGCGAAGGCUUUCCACCAAUACCUGUUCGCCAUUCUGCAUCUGGUCCGCGGGCAGGCAGGCAGGCAGGCAGCCAGAAGCAAGAAGGCGCGCCGCUUUGACUCUCUCUGGUGUCGUGUGUUUGCAUCUAUCUAUCUCUUUUGCAGAGCUACAGUCCCGCGUGCCGUGAGGCUGCCGCCGUGGCAAUCGCCAAGCUCGUCAAGCUCGGGUUGACCUUCGUCAUCAAGCCGCAGACAUACUAUCUGGGCGAGCACCUCCUAGCGGCUCUGGAGAGUAUCAUCCCUGACGCCCCUCACCUGACCGCCGCUGAUGAGGCCAUCUACAUCAUCUUACUCGAAGUCAUCGCCACGACGCGGGGCGGCAUUGCCCCGUCGUGCUGCUACCAGGUCAUCGGCGCAACCGCUGCGGACGGCACCGAAUACCGCGACGUCAUUCUCACGCAGCACAAGGCUUUGUUGCGCCGCGCCGAGAUCCUCCUGCAGAGCUGCGAUGACCUGAGGCAGCACAGCGUCCUCUUUCUUCUGUCCUUCUACAAGCCUCUCGCGCCGCCCUCCUGCUCCGUUGGCUGCUGGAUGCGUCUGAUGGGUGUGGCUGGAUGCCGGCUCUGCGUGUUUGUUUCACUGUGUGGACCUGGUGCUCUCUCUGUGCAGGUGUGGCCAUCGGUGUCAGCCUGCGGCAGCCGGCUCCACACGAGCUCGACGUGGCCGACUCGAUGCUCAGGACCGCUGACGUCAACAUCAGCGGCGCCAUCCGUGCAGGUGCGCGAAGUGAGGCCACACGCGGAUGUGGCCUGACUGACCUGCCCGCCAUCCAGUGUGUGUGUGUGUGUGUUGGUGUUGGUGUUGGUGUUGGUGUAUGUGUUUGGUCGACUGACUGUCAGGCCGCGAGGUGGAGGUGUUUGCUGCAAUCGAGGAGUACCUGGCCCCCUGUGUGGGCCCGCUGGUGAUGGUGCUCACGUGGAGCGGCGAUGUGGCGCUGAAGCGGCGCGCGAUGAGCCUUAUCGGCUGGAUCUUCUAUUUCACCUACAAGCCGUGCAUCGAGGGAUGCGCCCCUUCGUCCGUCCAGGCGGAGGUCGAUAAAGGUACGUCUGGAGAGGGAAAAGACGAGAGAUGUGUUCUGCUCACACUCUGUGAUGUGUGUGGUCGCUCAGUGUUGCGCCAGCCGGUCCGUGUGUUGUCGGCGGAUCCCUUGGCGCUCAAUACCAUGGCCAUGCUGCUGGGUGACACACACGCCGGCGGAGACGACGUCAUCUCCAACAUGCACGUGCCCCUGUACAUCGCCAAUCACCUGUCAGGUAGGUCCUCAACCCCCACACACACCCGACGCACAGGCAACCACAACCUUGGUGGCUCUGUGCGUUGUCGACCUUCAGAUCCGUCCCUCCACGAGGGCGCAGAAGGGCACUUGAAUGCCCUCAUCGAGGCUGGCUGGGUGCGUGCCAUCGUCGGGCUCAUCCGCGACGACCGGCUGCUGUCGAUCGAGGCCUUCGUCAAGUACACCCUGCCGGGCUGCAUUUACGCACUGCACAACAUGGCUCAGUGCGACGAACAGGUGGAUGGGGAAGUGGUGAGGCAGCAAGGGCAGGGCAUCCACCAGUGCUGCUGUGUUUGUGUCUGCAGGUGUUGUGUGAGACGUCCGGUGUGUCCGUCGUGGGUGCGGUAUGUGAGCUGCUCGUCAAGCACGCCCGCGGCGACAUCGACAUGAUCGAGGAGAGCGACAUGCAGAACCCUGAGUCGGUCAUCAAUGCCAUAUUGUGGCUCAUCAACGAAUUCGUGCCGUAAGGACAUACACACACCAAAGACGCACACAUUUCGACGCACGUGUGUGCGCGUGUGCGUGCAUUUUUGCAUAGGUACGGCGAGCGGCAGAUUGACCAGGGGAAGCUCAGUACCAACGUGCCUCGGGUUCUGGUCCUCCAGGUACGCUCCCGCACAACUGGACAUGCACUGAUAUCUCCCUGGACGCGUGACGCCUGUGUGUUCGUCUCUUAGCUGCCGUCGAUCAAGGAGCUCAUGACCAUGCCGCGUGGCCUGCAAAGGCUGCCCAGAGAGGUGAUAUACACAGCCGGCCACACAAGCAUGAUCGCGUAUUGCAGUCGGGACAGCAGUGUUGUGUGCUUGUGAGUGGAUGCAGGUGUUUCAGCAGCUGGAUUGGCUUUACGCUGCGUCCCGCGAGGAGCAGCACAUGCGGUGUCGAGCUGAGGAAAUCGCACAGGCAUUCGCCCUCUGGCCUGCUGCAGGCGAGUGAGCCAGUGACGUCGACCGUCGAUGGUGUGUCGGAGGGAAGAGGGCCGCAGCAGGCGAUUUACGUACGUACAUGUCUUCCGUAUACGUAUACAUUUGUAUAUUUGUAUAUUUGUGUGUACACAUCUCAGUAUGUAUAUGUACAUGUGUGUGUACGUUGACUCACUUCGUUUGUCGUUUUGGUGCCGGUCGGUGGUGAUCUGCGGAUGUGUACUUGACUUGUACGUGUGAAUGCGACAAUUUGCACUGAAAUUCGAAUCGUUACUUUGUCAACGAGACCUGGAGCACCGCACUGACUCCUAAAACAAGGAAAG